AUGUAUACUAAAUUUUUUUCUAGUAACGGGAUCCGCAAGUCGCAGUGGUUUUGCUUACUUUGCCAGUGGAGUUGGGAUACUAGUCUUAUGCAUGAUUAUUCACAUACUACUGAACAAAAAUAUGUGCAGCAGAAGAAAAAGCUUCUAGAUGACGCAAGACGUUCUAGUGAUUCUGACGACGAAGAUGAUCAUGUUCCAUACGAAAAUAGUAAACUGCGGCGCAUUAAGUAUAUUUUUGGAAAGGUAUGGCCAGUUGUUGUUGCCCAACUUCUUUGUUGUGGUGUUUCGUAUUGUAUUGUUCCGAGUAUUGCGUCGCGAGCUAUUUCCAUCUAUCGUGGAAAUAACACCCUGUUAACAGGUCCAUUAUUUAUACCUAUAGUAUGCUUUCUAUUAUUUGCCGUAGCCGAUGUGGUCGGCCGACUGACCUCCAGAUGGAUACUAUUGCCCGGUCAAAAUCAAGGGAUAUUGUUGCUUAUCAUAUCCAUUAGCAGAAUUAUUUUUAUUCCACUUUUCAUGUAUUGCAAUGUUCAUCCACGAAGGCAUCUGCCAGUAAAAAUCUAUAGUGACAUCGUUUAUACUAUAUUAAUUGUAUUACUUGGCAUUUCUCACGGUUACAUCAAUACAUUAUGCUCCAUGUAUGCACCAAAGCGUGUUCCACCAAAACUUAGCGAAUCAGCAGGAGCAAUGGCCUACCUCUUUCUCGUUAUUGGGGUUACUGUAGCUCUUAUUUCUUCCGUUUAA